AUGCCGGCUACUCCACGCACUUCUGAGUUUCGCGAACUGGUGCGAGAGAAGGAGAGAGGCAUCCCCGAGGCGAAACGGCGUAAGCUCUCGCGACCUUCGAAGCGCUCAACACCUGAGGGCGAGAGGCUGGAGACGUUGAACAAGGAGUACGUGAAGGAGGCAUACGUCGUUCUCAGUCACAUCAGCACCCUCGCACGCAUGCUUGUCUCCGUGCGGAAAGCAUACCUUAAUGUCGACUCCCGGAGUCCGCCAAUGCUGCGGCCGACCAGCCGAACAAUAGACAUAGUUGGCGGCGACCAGUCAUGGGGUGACCUCCGACACUUGACGAACGAGGAACGGGACCAGAUAGACCUGCAGGCACGGGUCAUCCUCUCCCGAUGUAAGGACCGUGUUGCACAACUGGAGGACUUGGAGAAAAUAGCUGACUAUGGUCCAGAGCGUGUCGAGCUCGCUGCCAGCCAACAAAACCCGUUCACAAGACUACUGCCCGCACGCCUUCGGCAGGACGACUCGACGGCCGCCUCCGACUUUGUCGCAGCCCACCAUGCCGGCAUGACAUGGUACCUCAGCCGACGCCUCACGGAGACGAGCCAGGCCCUGCGCGACAUGCAAGAGGAGCGGAUGAAGCGCCAACUGGAGCGGUCACGCACGCUCGGGUCGGGCGCCGCACGGGAGGCCAUGUACCUCAGCGCAUACGAAGCCCCGCCUUCCCCGGCAGAGUCGACCGCCAGCGGGAGCUGGCUCGGGGGCGCGUCCAACCUCGCUUCGAGCUUCGCCGCCAGCAUCGGCGGCCCGUCCUCAUCGCCCUUCGAGUCGACGUCGACGCUCAAGCCGUCCGCGUCGCUGCGAGACGACUACAUGUCCGAGACGGACGAGGAGGAGCUCGAGCUGUCCGCGUCGCAGAUCCAGCAGUUCGAGGAGGAGAACGCGAACAUCCUGCAGUCCGUGCAGGACACGCUCGCGUCCGUGCAGCAGGCGGAGGCGCGGCUCGUCGAGAUCGGCGCGCUGCAGAUGGAGCUCGUCGCGCACCUCACGAAGCAGACCGAGCAGACCGAGCAGCUGUACGAGGACGCGAUCGCGACCGCGGCGACGGUCGAGAAGGGCAACGAGCAGCUCAAGGAGGCGCGGCGCCGGGCGCGGGACGGGCGCAAGUGGAUCCUGCUGUUCCUCAUCGGGGCGAGCUUGUCGCUGCUCUUCUUGCACUACUAUUGA